CUGACGGCACGACACGGAGUCCCUUGAGGAGAGGCACCUUCAGCAUGGCUCGUGAAAGCCAAACUGGUGAAAGGGAGAAAAAUGCGUCGCUUUCCUCCAUCCUCUAUUCUAAGAGUAAUUUAAAGGAAGGAUCCCUGCAGUGGGCAACAGAACCCCUCGACGGGCAGGUGCUCCUGGUGCUCAGCAUGGACAACAACUGCUCGGCCACCGCCUUCGACACGGAGCUCUGUGCAGAGAGACUGAAGUCCCUUGGGGUUCAGGUGGCAGCGGAUCAGUGGAGAAGGCUAAUCCAGGAUGCUGUCCUGAAGCCUGAAGUGAGGCGGUACAUGUUCUACAACUCCAGGGCAUUCCAGAUAGCCAUCGCUGUGGUUUUCUACAUCUCUCUCUGGACAAACAUUUACUCCACAGUCCAGCUGUGUUCCUUCGGGCGCUACUGGGAGGCCAGCGUGCUGGUGACCCUGGCUGCCGUGGCGGUCACCGUACUCGUGAUACUGGUUAUCGACCGUCGCCAGAGGAAGAUAAAUAUGAAUACAGACGUGAGGCUGGCAGCUGCCAAUGAAGUCUUUAUCAAACACAGCUUAAUUCUGGGGAUUACGGAUGUCCUGGAUGGGCCACACAACAUCCUACAACUGUGGUUCGUACGCUUCAACCCCGAGCGCUGCCUCCAGUACUUGUCAGCCCACAUCGCGGACCUGCAAAGGACACGAGAGUCGGGCUUGCGGCACAGCCUGGACCAGCUCUGUGUGGUUAUGGAGGUGGCGGUUCGUCCUGACCCAGGGACGGAGGAGGAGGCUUCACGUGAAGAGUCCCCUCUCUUAUCCAGUGGCAUGAACCUAAAUAAAGAGCCUGUGACAUGCAACGAGCUGCUCCGCCUCGUUCCCGAGGGCCCACCGGAGGUGAUGGCCCAGCAGCUCCUGGUGAUCUUCAGCAGCUGCUACGUCCGGCUUCUGGUCACCGACCGGCUCCCUCGGGCCAUGGCAGGGGGGCACCUGGAGCACAGCAGCGUGCCCUGUCUGUGCCAGUUCAUCGAGACCACCGUGCUCAACACACACCCGAGCUGGUUCCCGG